GUUUUGGUCACGUGGUGCAUACGUCAUCACUGCGCGCCCGUCUUUUAGAUUCAGCUGCAUACAAACACAGAUGAGCGGCGUGGAUAAAACUGCUCUAGACCUUGUGAAGGUCCAUGGAGGAGGAGGGUAUGACUCAGAUUUCAGUGAUGAUGAUGGUGGUGUUGGAGGAGGGCAGUCCAAAUAUGGUGAGAAUAGGGAAGGUAAAGACGAGCUGUUACAGAAGCCAUUCCAGAAAGGAAAACACACCAAAGUGGCCCAUAAAAAUGUUGCUGCCCAUGAAUGGGACAGAGAGGAAGCCAGAAACCGACGGCAACACCUGAUAUCAAUGAACGCUUUUGAGCGUCAUAAGAAGUUUGUCAGCGAUUACAUUCUGUACUAUGGAGGAAAGAUUGAGGACUUCAGGCGAUCCAUGUCUAAAGAUAAGACAGAUCUGGAUGUGGUGAGAGAGAACCACCGUUUCCUGUGGAGAGAGGAGGAUGAGGAGGAUAUGACAUGGGAGAAAGAGCUCGCAAAGAAAUACUACGAUAAGCUCUUCAAGGAGUACUGUAUCGCUGACCUCAGCAGAUACAAAGAAAAUAAGUUUGGAUUUAGGUGGCGCGUAGAAAAUGAAGUAAUAUCUGGAAAAGGCCAGUUCCAUUGUGGAAACAAGCGCUGUGAGAAUAAGGAGGGUCUGAAGAGCUGGGAGGUGAAUUUUGCCUAUGUGGAGCAGGGGGAGAAGAGGAACGCCUUGGUGAAGCUGCGUCUGUGUCCAGAGUGUUCCUUCAAACUAAACUAUCAUCACAAGAGAAAGGAAGUAACGGUAAAGAAGAGACCGCAGUCGAAAGAGAAUCUGGACAAGUCAGUCUCAAAGAAAUCCAGAAAGCAGAAGCGCAAAGACAAACGCAAACACAAAAAGAGGCGCAAAGAAUACUCAUCUUCAAAUUCGGAAGAGUCCCAGGGUUCAGAUAAAGAUGCAGAGAGUGAAGAAGAAGAGGAAGAGGGUCCUUCAGAAUCAGACCACUGGAGGGGUCCAGCGCCCACUGUGGAGGAGAAGUCACGGGAGGAAGAGUUUGAUGAGUAUUUUGAAGACAUGUUUCUCUGAGUCGAGGAAGGAAGAUCCAAAAGAAUCUCAUGCCUACUGUUUUCUUUUUAUACCGGCUCUCAGGUCAAACUCACAUGGUCACGGUAGACUGUCAAGCGUACCCGAUGGUGGCUGCCAGCCAAUCAAUGAAGAAUCAGUCAGAUGGGGUCAGAAAGCCUUUUGUUCACUCUGCUCUGUUAUUCAGCAUGUCUAAUAUGUGGAAGUUCCCCUGUGAUUGCAUUUAUGAUGCAUUUCUGUGUUUCCACGAAACAUAAAAUGACAGUUGGUGUGGUCUGGUGUUAUAAACAUUCAACAUGAAGCAUUUGGUUUUAUAUUGAAAGACCUACAGAUAGAGAAGUGGUUUGUCUUGGCUGUCAGCCAAUUACCAGAGCCUCUUUACCUGGGGAUGAUCCAGUUUUAUUAGGUAAUCCGCUGCAUGAUAGAAAAAGUCAGGAG